AAUAUGACAUUGCAAUGACAUCACCAAAUAAUCCAUAUGUGAGCACAUAUAGUUGGAGAAUUCCUAAUUUUCAGAAAGCGAUAAAAGAAUAUUCACACAGAAGAUAUUUUUAUAGCAAAAAAUUCUGGGUUCCCUAUACCAGUUUGUGGAGACUGAAGGUUUACCCUAAUGGCAAUCAACAAACCAAUUUUGUUGAUAUAUUUCUUGAAGCUGUGCAAACACCUUAUGAGUACCAUAAUAAGAUAUUAACUCGAGGACGGAAUUUUCGAUUACAAGUAGAAAUAAUUGAUCAUGUUUCGCAAGACACAGAUAAUUCUAAUGAAACUGGUAACAUAGGGCACUUGGUUGAUUUACCUUCGAAUUCAAGAUAUAUGGGAUAUCAAUUUGGAUUCGAUAAUUAUAAAGAUUACGGAUAUAAUCGAUUUUUAUCAUUUACCAAAAUAUUUCCUGAUGAUAAUAAACUAAAAGAAUUUGAUUUAGUUUUUCAUUUAUUAUUAUUCAACGAUUAUAAACAUAUGGAUAACGAUAAAGGAUAUGAAUGUAAAAUGGAAAAUUUUUUUGAGAAUGAGACACUAGCUGAUAUAGAAAUCCUUUUGGAUUGUGGCACUAGAAUUAAAGCUCAUAAA